AGGCUAUGUGGUUGGAUUUACUUCAUCGCUUGGACAGUCUCCUUCUUUCCGCAAGCUAUCCUCAACCACUCCAGACGAACCACGCAAGGCAUGCUGCCAGACUUUCCGCUCCUGAACGUCUUCGGCUUUGGCUGCUACACUCUCAGCGCGCUCCUGUUCCUCUAUUCGCCGGUUAUCAGAGACCAAUAUGCAGUUCGUCAUCCACAUUCGCCAGAGCCAACGGUGCGCUUCAAUGAUUUGGCUUUCGGAACAAUCGCCUUUCUCAUGAGCAUAGUCUGCUAUAGCCAGUUCUAUCCUCGGCUCUGGGGUUGGGAACAGAAGCCCAACGUUCAGCGACAUGCCCUCCGGAUCACGCUUGCUCUCAUUUCCGGCGGACUUGUUGCCCUUGGUGUAGUGUUUGCCAUAAUCUUCGCCGAAGGCAACGGUACAGAUGGAAUGAAAUGGUCAUGGAUCGACUUGGUCUACUGUAUGGAGUACGUGAAGUUGGCUUUCACAAUUUUCAAAUACAUCCCACAAACAAUCUCAAACUUUCACAGAAAGUCAACACUAGGCUGGUCGAUCACACAGCAGCUGCUUGAUUUCACGGGUGGCAUUCUGAGCCUUUUCCAGCUCAUCAUUGACAGCAGUCUGCAGAAUGACUGGUCGGGGUUGAUUGAACAAAAUCCUCUGAAGUUCGGGCUGGCAAACAUUUCUCUGGUGUUCGACAUUAUUUUCAUACUCCAGCAUUUUGUCUUAUUUGGACCAGUGGAGGAGACAGCAACUGCCAAGGUGUCCAAGCAUGAUGCUGGCGGUAUUGCCGAUAGAGUCAGUGACGAGCGAGAGCCGCUGCUCCCCAAUAUGGACCGAGGGUAA